AUGGCAGUCAAUGUGGUUUCCCGCGCACAAUGGGGAGCCCACACUCCACAUCAUAAAAACAAUUUGACGUCUCCGGCUAAAAGAAUCAUCAUUCACCACACUGCUAUGAAAAACUGCCAAACUCAAACUGAGGGCAUCAUCCAGCUCCGACAGAUCCAGAGUGAUCAUAUGAAAUUCCGAGAUUUUGACGACAUAGGAUACAAUUUUGUUGUUCGAGGAGAUGGAUCCGUGUAUGAAGGCAGAGGAUGGGGUGUAGUGGGAGCUCAUACCAAGGGCCACAAUGAUGAUUCAUUAGGAAUCGCUUUUAUGGGGAAUUUUAAUAAUGAAAGCCCAAGUUCAGAGGCACUAACAUCAGUCAAACGGCUCCUUGUGAUUGGAGUCUCCCAGGGUUUUAUUCUCCCUGAGUUUGGGCUGUUUGGGCACAAAGACCUGGGAAUUACAGCCUGUCCUGGAGUCCAACUCUACUCAGCUUUGCCACAACUGAGAUCAACUAACUGA